CACAAAUCACAUUUGCAGUUCGCUGCUCUCAAGUCGCAACCGGCAAGGCGGUUUCAAUUUCAAAGGAAGAUUGCUCACACUCCGAUACGACGGCCAACCAAUCAAUUCUCGGUGAUUUUCCCGGCCAGUUCCACGGAGGUCGGACUCGCUUUGAUUCGCUGCUGGCUCACUACGACUCAGCUUAACCUGAUUCGCGAAAUCUUCCCGCUUUAAUCUCACUCUUGAUUUAGAGAGAUCUCGCUCCUCUGUAAGGUGAAACGAAAUUCCUUCGUUUCUUCAGUUGAUGAUCAAACUUUCAAGCCUGCUUAUCGAUAACGAUUUACGCAAAGCUCUCAUUAUAAUCGUUAUUGUGCAUUAUCGUUCUGUUUUCAAUUGAUUGGGAUAAUAAUGUCUCGGAGGCGGGUUGUGGAAGAAACUGACAGGCUGAGCGAUCUCCCCGAAGGUAUUCUGCAUCACAUUCUCUCAUUCCUGGACACCAAACCUGUUGUCCAAACCAGUGUGUUGUCAAGCAAGUGGAGAUUUGUGUGGAAGCAUGUUCCGGUGCUCAAUUUUAGGAGAAGCUCGUUUGCAACUGAUCUGGGAUUCGUGCAUCAUGUGGAACAAGUUCUAUCCCACCGUCACUCCAACUGUGAUGUUCUCAAGAUUAGCACAGACUUUCGGAUUCUCGCGAAUAUGGGUCUGUUUGCUAGGAUCAUGAAAUAUGCUGCCUCUCAUGGUCUUCAGCAGUUAUCCUUGCUUCGUAUAGUGGAAGAGGAGUUUUACAGCGUGUUCCCUGAUGCUAUCGAAUGCAUCUCCAGUUGUUGUCAGUCUCUGAAAGUUUUGGAAUUGCAGCAAGCAUAUCUGGACAGGGCUGCGUUUGAGACGUUGUCACGUCUGAAUCAGCUUGAAACUCUGACUUUGCAUUCCUCCUACUUUGAUUUCGGUCGAGUGGAUGAACCACUCGAUCCUUUUGCUAACUUCCCCAAAUUGGAAUACCUGCAACUACUACACUGCACUUCUCGUAGCAUUUCAGUUAACCCGGACGAUCCUCGUUGUUGCCUGAAAGUAUGUGGACCUCAACUGCUUUACUUGGAGAUACAUAAGGAAUCCUUUGACGACAUUGAGAUAUCUGCUCCCAAGCUCAAAUCCUUCACUUAUUGGGCUGACGUAGAUAUUCAUGGAAUACGUAAGGGAGUCUCAAAGUGGAGCUUUCCUUCCCUUGAUCAUGCAGAUCUCAGCCUGUGGGGAUACAAGGGUUUAGUUUCAUGUGCUUUUGUUUCUGAUGAUCACAAGCAAUCGCUGCUCGAAGGGUGUGUUAACUUGUUCCAUGCUGUGUGUAAUGUAGAAUCUCUCAGUUUGCAUAUGGAUACCACUGAGAUACUGAUUCAGGCUUAUGACGUUGUGAAAGAUCAACCUUCACCCUUUGGGCGAUUGAAGUUCUUGAAUUUGCUGUACUCGAAGGGUUCUUUUAAAGUACCUUAUCAAGUGAUCCAGUACUUUCUCGAAGGCUCUCUUAACGUUGACGAUAAGUGUUUUGUGAUUGGGAAGAUGCCACGGGCUCGGAAACACGAGUUAGUGGCUGGUUCCUCUGUGCUGGUGGUAAACCUGGAUUCACUUGAUUUUGCUGCAGAUGCAGUGGAAGAAGCAGAGGAUCAGAAUUCAGAAGGGAUUGAUCUGGAUGACUAGAAUCUCUUUUCUUAUUGUUUCUUGCCGGACAAUAUAGGCGAAUUAUACAUUCACUAGUAUUUACUAUCUGCUGAAACCUUUCAUCUUUCUACUGCUGAUUUAGCUCGUUAAGUAGCUUGUCCACACUAUUUUCAGUUGAGCUUCAGCCUUUCAUUUAUCAUGGUUAAUGUAGCGUUGAUUUUUCACCAGCCGAGGGAUCUUUUUUUUUUUUGGUAAAUAGAUGCGCUGCAUCUUAGCUUUCAUUCAACACUAAACAGGGUUCGGAAUUGUGAGCUUGACUAUGCGGAGUUCCUCGUUGGGAAGAUUGGGCGGAUAAAAAGCUACAACUGGUCCGGCCUUGUUGUAGCAGAAAUGAAGAGUAGUCUUGCUGCAGUUCUAGGAAAGACAUUGCUUGACUGGGUCCAUGGAGAUGUCCACUUCCUCGUUGUAAAUUUUAAGUAUUCGUUCUUUCAUUUAUCUUUUUAAAUAUGUGUGAUUGUUUUGAAUAUUAGUUUUAUCGUGUAUGAAUAAUAGUUUGAAUGUGUUUGA